GGCGCCGGCGCCGGAUAUCCGCUGGAGAGUCACGUUGUGGCGGUGAUGGCGGAGCCUGGGGCCGAGUUUCUCAUCAGCGGCGGCACCGGCUAUGUCCCGGAGGACGGGCUGAGCAGUGGGCAGCUCCUGGGGGCCGGAGACGGGCUGACCUACAAUGAUUUCCUGAUCUUGCCAGGAUACAUUGAUUUCACCUCCGAUCAAGUGGACCUUACCUCUGCCCUCACCAAGAAGAUCACACUAAAGACACCUCUGGUCUCCUCCCCGAUGGACACAGUGACCGAAGCCAAUAUGGCCAUUGCGAUGGCGCUAAUGGGAGGAAUCGGUUUCAUUCACCACAACUGCACCCCUGAGUUCCAGGCCAACCAAGUGCGCAGGGUGAAGAAAUACGAACAGGGAUUCAUCACGGACCCAGUGGUGAUGAGCCCCCGGGAUCAGGUCCGCGACGUUUUCGAGGCAAAGGCUCGGCACGGGUUCUGCGGGAUUCCCAUCACCGAUUCUGGAAAGCUGGGGGGGAAACUGGUUGGAAUCAUCUCAUCCCGAGACAUCGACUUUCUGACACAGGAGAAGCACGACCUCCCGCUGGCUGAGGUGAUGACAAGGAGGGAGGACCUGGUCGUGGCUCCAGCGGCCAUUACCCUGAAGGAGGCCAACGAGAUACUGCAAAGGAGCAAGAAAGGGAAGCUCCCAAUCGUUAAUGAGGAUGACCAGCUGGUGGCCAUCAUCGCUCGGACCGACCUGAAGAAGAACCGGGACUACCCCCUCGCCUCCAAGGACUCCCGCAAGCAGCUGCUGUGUGGGGCAGCCAUCGGCACCCAUGCUGACGACAAAUAUCGGCUCGACCUCCUGGUGCAGGCAGGGGUGGACGCUGUGGUCCUGGAUUCCUCGCAGGGAAACUCCAUUUUCCAGAUCCAUAUGAUCCAGCACAUUAAAGAAAAGUAUCCAGACUUGCAGGUUAUUGGCGGGAAUGUGGUGACAGCCGCGCAGGCGAAGAACCUGAUCGACGCUGGGGUGGAUGCUCUGCGAGUGGGGAUGGGCAGCGGCUCUAUCUGCAUCACACAAGAAGUGCUGGCAGUCGGGAGGCCGCAGGCUACCGCGGUAUACAAGGUGGCCGAAUACGCCCGGCGUUUUGGGGUGCCUGUCAUCGCUGACGGAGGGAUCCAGACAGUGGGACACAUUGUCAAGGCUCUGGCGCUGGGAGCAUCCACAGUGAUGAUGGGAUCCCUCCUGGCCGCUACGAGUGAAGCGCCUGGUGAAUAUUUCUUCACCGAUGGGGUGAGGCUGAAGAAAUACCGUGGGAUGGGAUCAGUUGAUGCAAUGGACAAACAUGUUGGCAGCCAGAGUCGCUACUUCAGUGAGUCGGACAAGAUUAAAGUGGCUCAGGGAGUGUCUGGUGCUGUCCAGGACAAGGGUUCCAUCCAUAAGUUCGUCCCGUAUUUGAUUGCUGGAAUUCAACACGGCUGCCAGGACAUCGGAGCUAAGAGUUUAACACAGCUUAGAGUGAUGAUGUACUCCGGAGAGCUGAAGUUUGAGAGGAGGACGCUGUGUGCUCAGAUGGAAGGAGGAGUCCAUGGGCUGCAUUCGUAUGAGAAGAGACUUUUCUGAAUCCUGUGGGGACCUGUCCAGACAAACUUUCAGAUCCACUUUGCCUUCCAUGCACAGUAAUGAACUCAGGACUGGGAUUUGAAGCCUGAUUCUGUGUGGCUCACCUUGCAAAUUCUUCAGAGGAAUGUUUUAUUUGUUGGUAAACAGGAUUGGAAACCUGUGUGCGAGCUACAGCUGUCCCUGGUUUACACACUACAUCCAGUAUUGACUACUGUAGGCUGCAGUUGAAACCACUGUGCACAGGGUGCGAUGAACUUUUAUUAAUGUGGAAUGCGUGUGCAGCAAUCCAUCUGACCCAGAAGGUCCUUGUUUACAGAAUAAUGAAUGGUUCCCAAUGUU